AGGUCUCUACUCAUUGAACAAAGCUGUGCCGACGCGAGGCUAUGGUGUGGCGAGGGCGACAAACACCUGACGCUGCAUUCGCACGCUCGUCUCUCCCGAAUUCGCGCAGACUACCACCGAUAAAAACAAAAUGGCAGUACGUAGGCCGAUCUCGUCCGUCCGACUUGCCUCAACUCACGGCCGACCGAUUCGCCUCGAUUCGUCCAACCGUUUCGAACAACGGCCGUAGCGUGGCGCCACCGUCCCACUUAACAAGCCGCUACCCCUGCGCAUGCGCCCCGCCCCCGUCGGUCAAAAUCAAAGAAAGGGUUGAAGCAUAGAGAAGGAAGAAAGUCGGACGGACUAUCCUGACUUUGGCUUUCGGACGCUCGCUCGCCCUCGGACAUGGACGCCGACCGCGAGCAGCGCUGAUCCGCGCCAAAAAUAACAACAAAAAUCUACAUUUGCUCUGGAAUGGAAAUGGUAGUCUGAAAAGGGGAUGCUUCCGAGUCAUGGACGUUGGCUGCGCUGCAAUGGUCAACAUAACGAAAACGGCCCAGAAAAGUCUGAACCACGAGCAGCAGCGCAGAAUCGAGUUGAAAUGCAUCGAACUGGAAGCCAUGCUAGAGGAGCAAGGACUGACUCAGGAAGAAAUCAUCCACAAGGUCCAGCAGCUGCGCUCCAACUUGACUGACGGAGAGCUCUCGAGACAAACGACAAGCCAGUUCGCCAUCGAAAAGCUGCCAAUUGUUUCAGAAACAGUGUCAGUGGUGCAGAAAAAUGAAGUCGAGGUGCACCCAAUUGUUGAAGCGAGGGUGCCCCAAAAAAGUCCCCAAGAUCAAAACGUCAUUGUAGAAAACACUCCUUCCAAGUCGAAGAAGCGGAAACGCAAGCAUCGUGACAGCUCCGUUUCGUCUGAGCGGCGGAAAAAGUACUCGAAAAAGAGCAAGAAAAGGAGUUGUUCCGAGAGUCGGGAAAAGAAGAAGUCGAAGCGAGACAAGUACGGCUCGAAGAAGAAGAAGGAGUUGAAACAGAAAAAGGGCUCGGACUCGGACAAUCGCAAGCGGAAAAGCAAAAAACGCUCAGGCAGGAAACGGCCGAGGUCUGGAGAAGAUGGGCGAGAGGGCAGUCCUGUGGAGGAGAAGGGCAACGGGGAUGUGGGCAAAGCCAAGAAAAAGAAGAGCAAGAAGAAGAGGUCCAAGCAUGGCAAGAGGCGCACCAAGCCCUCCACGUCGGGCAGCAGUCCCUCCUCCAGUACUGCCAGCGACCACAACCUAAGUAACCUGACUCCUCCAAAGGAGGUGGAGGAAAUGGGGCUGAAUAUAGCACAGGUACCACCCCUCAACAGCAUUAAGGAGAACUACUCGUCUGAGACCGAGGAGAAACCAGAGGUCCUUCUGAGCGAUCUGAUAAGGGUAAGGCCAAGCAAGGUGCCCGAAAUCGCUCCCUUCCGGAUCGAGGGCAAGCGCACCCUAGAGAGGCUGACGCGGCCCUUUUCCUCACCCUUUAAACGAAUGGCCGUCAACGAAGACGCCAAGCCUAUCCCUUUGGUGCCCAAGGCCAUUGAAAGGAUUGUAGAGGUGAAGGCUCCUGAAAUCAGGGUCAUUGUGGAAGAUGCUGCAAAGCAGGAGGAGGAUAUCCAGGUGUGCCCUGUUGAGGAACCGAUCAAAGAGCAAUCAAAAGCAAUUGACCAUGACUGGAGCUCGUCUGCUUCCUCCUUCUCCUCCAGGUCAUCAAGAGCGGGAAGCGUGUGCAGCACUUGUAGCUCAGAGGGCUCACGGUACAGGAAGCGGCGCUACAACUCUGGCUCGGCCUCGUCGCGCUCAUCUUCGAGUUCACACCGCUCCCGCAGCCGCUCGCCUUCGAUUCCCCGCAGAAGGGGCUCUCCGAGCUUCCUUGAACGACGUCGUAUCACCAGCGCGCGGAAGAGGCCGAUCCCGUACCACCGCUCGUCGCCGAUGUCCUCAAGCUCAGAUUUGAGCUCAAGUGAGGACGACAGGAGUGGCUCGUCAAGCUACUCGGCCAGGAGCUGGUCGCGCAGCCGCUCCCGGAGCUACAGCUGCUGAGAAAAAACGACUGCCUAGGAUUGUUUGUUUGUUUGUUGGCCUCUUAGACCCCUGCUGAUCUCUGAUAUUAAUUAAUCAAGUCUAGUCGCACUCUCGCUUCUUUUGCUGAGACAUUCCUCCAUUUUGUGAUUUCCAAUUUACUUUUUUACAAAGUUUACGUACUCGUUUUUUCGACCUCCAAUUAUGAUAUUCCCCUUGUCGACUAAGACGCGAUAAUAAUAAUAAUAAUAAUAAUGAUAUUCCAUUGUUUAUCUCGUGUAUGAUCUCUUAUAUUGUUAUAUUUUUUGCAUUUUUGAUUUAUUUAUUGUAGUUGUGUAGCCACAAUAUUGCAACAGAGUAGACGGAAAUAAAUGAGAUACAUUCCUGUUGUGUGUUAUCAUUCGAAACUUGAAA